AUGCAACCGCAACAGCGACCACCGGUUCCUCAGGGAUCGAGAUAUGGUCAUCCGGGUACUCCUCAGCAAGCCCGUCGCCCAAUCAAUGCACCAUUGCCUGGACAAUCAACUCAGUUACAAGGAAACCGUGUUCCUCAACCACCAAAGAAGAAAAAACGUUAUGCGGAUAAACUAAUUCAACCAAAGGUUCGCGAGUUAGUCCCAGAAUCACAAGCUUACAUGGAUUUGCUCGCCUUUGAGCAGAAGCUGGAUUCAACCAUCACAAGAAAGAAAAUCGAUGUUCAAGAAGCAUUAAAGAGACCGCAAAAAAUUAAAAAACGUUUACGAAUCUAUAUUUCGCACACGUUCAUCGCCGGGAAAGAGCCAGAGAAAGAAGGCGAUGACGCUGCUGUCCCAAUGUGGGAACUUCGUGUUGAAGGACGCCUUUUAGACGACAUGCAACCGCCAGCUACAGGGGUAGCCCCAAGGCCAGCUCCCAAACGGAAAUUCAGUUCUUUCUUCAAAAGCUUGGUCAUAGAGCUUGACAAAGACAUUUACGGUCCGGACAAUCAUCUUGUCGAGUGGCAUCGUACUCCACAAACGAAUGAAACCGAUGGAUUCCAAGUAAAAAGACCUGGAGACCGUCCAGUAAAAUGCACAAUCCUCUUGCUUCUCGAUUAUCAACCAAUGAAGUUCAAGCUUCAUCCAAGACUUGCAAAAGUUCUUGGAAUUGCUGCGGAAACUCGUCCAAGAAUAAUCGAAGCACUUUGGCAAUACAUAAAAACGCACAAGCUUCAAGAUCCACAAGAUCGUGAUACCAUAAAUAACGAUUUAUUCUUGGAACAGUGCUUCGGUGUGAGCAAAAUGAGAUUCAUGGAAAUCCCACAAAGACUUCACCAGCUUCUCCAACAGCCUGAUCCACUCGUUUUGAAUCACAUUAUUCAAAGGCCAGAUGAUGGACAGGACAAGACUUCGGCUUGUUACGACAUAGAUGUUGAACUCGAAGACCCAGUCAAGCAACAAAUGGCCAGCUUCGUACAUAACCAAAACAAUGCCAAUGAUAUUCAAGUUCUCGAUCAAAAAAUAUUCGACCUUGUGGACCAAAUCAAUGAAAUGAAACUUCGCCGUGACUUCUUCCUACGUUUCUCCAACGAACCAAGUGGUUUCAUAAAGAAGUGGGUCAUCAGCCAAAAUGCUGACCUGAAGACGUUGACUGAAUCAAGCGGAGACGGAGAAGCCGAUCGUUAUGCCAGCACAUACACAACUAAUGAUGCAGAUGAAGGAGUUUCGAGAUAUAUGUAUCAAAAAAUUCAACAAAAACGUGCCGAAUUGGAGCAAAGUUUGGGAAUUCGCAACAACUAA